AUGACUGACAAAAAUGGCCUGCCAUCAUCCUUCGUGGAAACCGUAGCAGGGUUUACCGCCGGUGUUGCUUCCACCCUCUGUCUACAUCCACUUGAUUUGGUCAAGACAAGACUACAGGUCGACCGAAGUACAUCCUCUCGCUUCGGUAGCUCCUUGCGAAUCAUUCGUGAAAUCGCCAAACACGAAGGUGGCUUCGCCGCUUUCUAUCGUGGCCUUCCUCCGAAUUUGAUUGGAAAUUCCACGAGUUGGGGCAUGUACUUCCUCUGCUAUAGCAGCUUGAAGGAUUGCUUCCGUCUUUAUCGAAGGCAGGAAGGAUGCAUGCUCACAUCAUCUGAUUAUUUUAUUGCAUCGGGCACUGCAGGCGCCGCCACAUCUCUUAUUACCAAUCCAAUCUGGGUGAUCAAGACUCGAAUGCUUUCCACCGGUGCCCAGGCCCCUGGGGCAUACUCUUCAUUCGUAUCCGGAGCACGGCAGAUAUACCAUACCGAAGGUUGGCGGGGUUUUUACCGGGGUCUUGUUCCCGCCUUGUUUGGUGUUAGCCAUGGAGCUUUGCAAUUUAUGGCCUAUGAGCGACUCAAGGAGUUUCGAUCGCAUUCACUGGAUCAGGAGACCCUAGUGGUGAAUAGUACCACGGAGGCUGCACCACGGAAGCUUGGAAAUCUGGAUUUCUUUAUUUUGUCUAGUCUGUCCAAAAUCUUUGCUGGUUGCGCUACUUAUCCAUAUCAAGUGUUAAGGUCACGAUUGCAAACCUAUGAGGCCCAUCUUUUAUAUCGAGGCACCCUAGACGCUGUCUCUCGAAUCUGGACUCAGGAGGGGGUUGCCAGUUUCUAUAAGGGACUUGGGCCGAACAUCCUCCGGGUGCUGCCGAGUACUUGGGUGACAUUCCUGGUUUACGAGAACAUCAGAGUCUACUUACCACGGUUGGUGGAAAGAGCUUAA